UUUAGUUGUUGACUACUAAACUAGAAUUCAAAUAAAAACCUAUUGAAAAUCCCGCACAUAGCAACAAAAAAUGCUAAAUUUGGGGAUUUAGGGUUUUUUUUUUUCCUAUCUUCAUCGUUUUUUUCCAACCAAGCUUGCAAUAAUUUAAGUUCGCGCCAAAAUGGAACCGGAAGUGUUGUAUGUGAUUCUGUACCCUUCAUCACGUUUUAGGGCAAAAGGGUACCGUAAACCCUUCAGCAAUGCUAGCUUCCUUGCUUAGUAGGAGAGCCAAGCUUCACGAAGAUUUGCGCAGCAUUGAAAAGCAGGUUUAUGAUAUGGAGACAAGUUAUUUACAGGAUCCUGGGCAAUGUGGCAAUGUACUAAAAGGAUUUGAAGGGUUCCUGUCUUCAUCAAAGAACACUGCACUCUUGAAGCGGUCAAGAAAGUUUCAGCCUGAAGAUAGACUCUUUUCAUUAUCUUCAGUGACCUCGCCUGCGGCUGAAGAUCUAGCAACUGGUAGAGAUGAUGGGAGACUGGAUUUCGGUCCUGGUCGUUCAAAAGGUGGUGGAAUUUAUGCAAAUGGCCAGGGUAAACCAAAGAAGGGAAGAGGUGGUCCAAGGGAUGCAAAGAGAUUAAGGCCUUCAACUGAACAAGAUUUUGAUUAUGAAGAUGAUCCUGAUUUGACAUUAUGAUUGAAAAUGUUGGUGCUAGUUUCUGUUCACUGUUUUGAUCCUAAUGUCUCAUUACAUUUUGUGUACAUAUUGUACUCUUGUUGUACAUGUUUAGCUCCCCCAAAGUUAUGGAAUUUAUUACAA